AUGCGGAAAUCAUAUGCUGUAUAUUCUGACUCAGAAUUAUCUUCAUUAAAAUCCAUUUUCCAAAAACUUAUUAACAAUAAUAAUGAAUAUCCAGAUUAUCCCAAAACUCUCUUAAAAUCUUUGGAAUUUUCUUCAGUCUUACGUGGUACUUCUUCAAAAUCUCAAAAAAUAAAACCAUUGUCAUUAUUAAUCUUAACAAAAUUACAUGAACAUUCUUGUAAAAAUAAUUUAUUGGAUUUAUUUAAAAAAUCUUCUAGUAAUAUCAUUUUGGAUUGGUUAAAUUCAACUGAAAAAAAUGUCAAAUUAGAUGGCUAUCAUUCACUUGAAGCAUUAUUUCAAAUUUCUCAUGAAUUGGGUUCUAACAUUUUAUUAAAAGAUGGGGUCAUGGAAGAUAUUAUGGAUUGUAUAGAAUUUGAACCUGAUGAAGUUCAAAUUUCCAUCACUGAAUUAUUAUCAGUGGCUUGUGCACAAAAAAAUUCCAGAGCUUUGGUAAUAACUCAUUGUCAAAAAUAUUUAACAACUUUGAUGACAAAUAAAAAUCAAAAACUUAAAACUUUGGCAGCAGUUAUUUUAACAAAAAUUAUGUUAAAUGAAAAAUCCAGUGACGAUAUCAACAACAACAAAAAUAAUGAUGAUGAUAAUAAGAUUAAAGUUAUUGAUGAAAAUGAAGAAUUUCUCAUAGAUUUAUUUGAAAAUAUGGUAUUGAACAAUCAAAAUGAUGUUGGAAUAAGAAUUAAUGCUAUUGAAGGUUUGGCUUAUUCUAGUUUGAAAUCUACAAUGAAAGAAAUGAUUUCGUAUCAUCCAACUUUACUUUUAGAAAUUUAUAAAUUAAUUCAAGAUUCUGAAAAAACAAAUAAUACUUUAUUUUAUGGUGUGGCGAUAAUAUUAUCUAAUAUUACUUCUUAUAAGAAGAAAUUAAGUGAAACUGAAGAAAAAUAUUUACGAUUAAAAAAAAUGGCAGGAGAAUCAUCUUCAAAUUUAGAACCUGAUCCUUUAGAUAAUGAUGAAUAUGUAAUUAAUCGUUGUAAACAAGUUAUGAAUUCAGGAGUGAUUAAACCUUUAAUUAUAAUGUUAAAAAGUAAUAGUCAAGUAAUUCGACAACUUAUAACAAAAAUAUUUUUAAAUCUUGCCACGGAUCAAAAUAAUCGAGGAAAAAUAGUUCAACAAGAAUCAAAAGAAUCAAUGUUAAAUGUGAUUCACACUUUGGCAAAAAUUGCUAUUACCAUGGAUCCAAAUUUAGCAUUUAGAGGAGAAAGAUCAUCAGAUUUAGUAAGACCAUUUUUAAUAUUAUGUCAAAGUGAAAGUGAACUUUGUCAAUUUGAAGCAUUAAUGGCAUUAACCAAUUUAAGUGGUGUAGAUGAUGAGAUUCGAAAGAAAAUUUUUGAAAGUAAAGGAAUUCCAAUUAUUGAAAAUUUACAACUUUCUGAUAAUUUCAUGAUUCGAAGAGCUGCCACCGAAUUUUUAUGUAACAUGAUGUUUUUUGAACCGGUUUUUAAUUUGUAUAGUGAAUCCGAAGAAAAGAUUAAAAUAUUGGUGGCACUUUCUGAAUCAGAAGAUUUUGCAACUAAAAGAGCAGCCAGUGGAGCAUUAGCAAUCCUUUCGAUUGAUCCUGAAUCAUGUCAAUCAAUAAUGAAACGAUCAUAUGGAAUUGAUGUAUUAAAAGCUUUAUUAAUUGAUCAAUCCGAAGAACUUCAACAUCGAAGUUUAGAAAUUAUUAAAAACAUGACAAAAGUUGAUAAUAAUAAAGAAAUUGUGGAGGCAUUAAUUAAAAAUAAGAUUCAUGAAGAGUUGGCAAAAUUUAUUAAAAAGUGUAAAAUUCAAUCUUUAGUAAGUCUUGCGGUUGAAGCAUUAAAAGAAAUUUCUAAAAAACAAUAA